CAUAGUUUCCCCACAAAUUCCUUCACAAAAAUGUAAAUUCCCACCAAAAUUAAUCCAAAGAUUUUAACUUUCAGUAGGAAAAUUAAAAUAAAGAUUGAAACUUUUUCUUUAUUUGUCAAGAGUGGGCCACAAAAGAUUUCUUCAACUGGAUAGCUCUCAUCAAUCUAUUGAUUCCCAUUCUCACGUUUCAUGGCUUCUCUCUAAUUCGGAAUGGAGGAAACUGCUUUCUUUCUCUAGUUCGUAUUGAUAUUGCAUUAUCCUCUGUUGGAUUGGAACGUCGAAUGGGAGAUCUAUUCAUUGAUGAAGAUAUACCCGAUACUCCUUCAACUUCGCACCAGGUUGGGCAUGCAUCGAGUAAUUGUUGUUAUUUAGAAGGAGAUGGUUGCCUAGGAAACCAGGCUCAUUGUGAUGUCGUGAGUAAUGCAAAUCUUCUUAUUGAUUCUUUUGAAUUCUGCUCAUCAUUGGAUGACGUUAUUACCCAUCUGGUGACGCUGGCUGGCUACUUAUGUCAACGAUUGAUUGGUUUUGUUGAGAAUCUUGUAGCUCAAGAUAUCUAUGGAUGCUCAGAAAAUGCGUUUGCCCAUUCCUUUGGAUCAUAUUCAAGAUCUUCUGGCCUCAACACUUGUGAAUUUGAUGAGGAAGUUUGCUCAUCAUCUCCUGAACAUUAUGUUGAUGAAUCAAGCCCCGAAGUCUAUACAAGAAAUAUCUCAAGAGCCCAGAAAGAAUUACUUGUAAAUACAAGAUAUGGAAUUGUACAAAACAGUUAUUGUCAUCUACGUAUCCCCUUUAUUAUUCAAGGGUUGAUGCUCCCAUUGUUUGGUUUCCGACUUGCCUGGAGGUUGGCAUUGGCUUCCUGGAGAUGUUCAUUCUACUAUAUCAGAUGCCUUCAAGUUUAUGUUCGUAGUAUUAAAUCUCGACUGCAUAAAACGUUGCUUGGUUCAUCUAAUGAUAUUGGAUGGCUUCAACGCACGCCAGGAAUGGCUCCUGUUGAGGAUGGCACAGCUAGAUUUUUAGAACUGCUUGGAAAAAUAAGGAAUGGAGAGCACAAACUUCCCAACUCAUUUGUUUAUCUUUUAAUUCCAGGCCUUUUUAGUAAUCAUGGUCCCUUAUAUUUUGUGGGAACUAAGAGAUUCUUUUCUAAGAUGGGUCUAGCUUGUCACAUUGCAAAAAUCCACAGUGAGGCAUCAGUGGAGCACAAUGCAUGUGAGCUGAAACAUUACAUAGAAGAGCUUUAUUGGGGUUCCGGAAAGCGGGUAAUGCUUCUUGGGCACAGCAAGGGUGGGGUUGAUGCUGCAGCUGCAUUGUCAUUGUAUUGGUCCGACUUGAAAUAUAAAGUUGCUGGACUUGCCUUGCUGCAGAGCCCGUUUGGUGGAUCCCCCAUAGCUUCUGAUAUACUCCGUGAAGGCCAGAUUGCCGACAAAGAGACCAGAAAAAUUAUGGAACUUAUAAUAUGCAAGCUCAUUAAGGGUGACAUUCGAGCAUUGGAAGAUCUGACAUAUGAUAAACGAAGGGAGUUCAUAAUGAAGCACCAACUCCCAAAGCAUAUCCCUUUAAUCUCGUUUCACACAGAGGCAAGCAUCGGUCCAGGUGUCCUUGCUACAAUGACGCAAAUAGCUCAUGCGGAACUUCCUUGGCUUCCCCUUCCGAAUCUAGGGGCCGAGGAAGCUCAGGUUCAAACAGGAUGCCAGGUGCCUGUAGUAAUACCUCUAUCUGCAGCUAUGGCUGUGUCUGCGCUCCACUUGCAGCUUAGGUAUGGAGAGGAGAGUGACGGGUUAGUUACACGCCGAGAUGCUGAAGUCCCAGGCUCAGUUGUAGUCAGACCUGACAGGAAGCUUGACCAUGCUUGGAUGGUCUACUCUUCAGGUAGAAAGAAUCCGAAUGAGCCGGAUUGCAAUGAAAUGUGUGAGGCUCUUUUAACUAUGCUCGUCGAUCUUGGCAAGAUUAAGGAAGAAAGUGUGAAGUAAUUAAAUGUUAUUGUGAGUGAGAAUAAAAAAGUUUAAUUACUAUCACUCGAGGUUAGGUGGAAAUUGCUGUUUUCUCUCUAAAUUUUUAAAAAUUACUUUCCCCUGAUUUUUAUGUAUGGAAUAGCGGAAACCCGUGGCAUGGAGGUUUUAGUUAAAAAGAACUAAAAUGUCUUAAGGGGAAAAGUAAUCAUUUAAAAUUUAGAAGGAAAAUAGUAAUUUUGAUCUGAACUCGGGGCGUUAGUAAUUAACUUUAAAAAAAAAACACUUAAACAGAAGGCGGUAUUUUUGGACUCGCUUUCUACAAUUAUUCCUUCAAUUGGAGCAGUUCUGCUUAAAUUUCAUGAAUGGGCACCUCUAUUUUACCAUUCAUAAAGGGUUUGUUUUGAUUCAAUAGUAACUUGCAUCUGAAGAAAACAUCAUAAACAGUUGGGUGGCAGAAAUUAUUAUUAUUAUUAUUUUAAUUUAAUGUUUUGAUGCCACAUGAUAUAGUUCUUCAUUGUUUGAAAUUUAAUGGAGCAUUUCCACA